GCCACCACCAUCCCGCACCCCAACGACGUCGCUCAGCAUGAGCACCUCCACAUCUCCCCUCACUCCCGCCCAGCUCGCCUCUCUGGCAGCUGGCACCGAGACUAUUGCCGCCAGGACCGACCACUCCCUCCUUCGCGAAGGCAAGAGCCAUGCCCACUUCCGCACGACACUCGCUGGUCACCCGGCCAUCGAGCAGCGAAUCGUCGUCGACCGUCACGCGCCUCUGGCCAGCGUGAUGGGCAGACUGGCUGCGCUCUGGAACCUCGGAGCGGGCGAUGGUCUUUGCAUCACUGUCACGCCGCCGCAGCGAUUUCUGUUCUCUGCUCCGGUCCUCAUUCUGUCAGAGUACCAGUGGCGCCUGUUCAGCCACGUCCAUUUCGACGUGGCCCACGCUGCGCCUAUGAACACGCUAGGCAGGUUCGAACUCUGGGACUGCGUCAUCAGCAGGACUCCCAAGCUGCCUACGCGCGAUCAAAUUGCGUUCGUCGGCUCCGAGAACAAGCUCGCGGACGAGACCGGCCACGAGGGAAGCGUCGAUGCGAAGGAGCAGAAAAGUCAGUCUGCACCGUCUGCGACGUCUGCAUCGCAGUCUGCCGCUCCAGCCGCGCCGGCAGCAGCAGCUGCCGAGCCGCGCUCUGCGACCGAGUCGCAGACGUCCGGCCAUGCCCCAGGCUCCUCGCCCGCGCCGUCCAUCCCGUCGCUGCAGGCAGCCCUCGUCAACUGCGCGCCUCCCGCGCUGGCGCCGCUCAUCGGCCCGCUGCUCGACUUUGCCAUGGCUCUGACGGGCACUCCUCGUUCGCCGGCUUCCACUGGCGCUAGCCAGCAGCAUUCGAUGCAGGCUCGUGGCGCAGCAUCUCCUGCACCUUCGCCAGCUGCUGCGGUGCCGUCUGCUGCGCCGGCUGCCAGCGAGAGCACGGCUCCUGCUGCGUCAGCUGAGCAGGCCAAGACUGGCGCUGCGCCUUCGGACUCGAACACCAGCGGCUCCGCGCCGCCGUCGCUCGACGAAAUCAUGGCGCGCUGCCGUGCACAAGGCGAGGCGCAGGGCCGUGCCUUCGGAGACCUAGCUGCCGCUCGCGCCGAGCGUCUAGGCCGUCCUCGUGCUCCGUCGCCUGAGCCGCAGGCGCCGGCCGAGCAGCAGACGGGACCCAGCAGCACAGCCGGCAGCGAGGCAUUCGAGGUGGUGGAGCACGAGGCGCCUGCAGCGCAGGCAUCAGCAAGCACUGCCGCUUCGACUGGCAGCACACCGGCGCCGCAGCCCAGCGAGCGCGUCGUCCAGACGAACACGGCGCUCUCGAGCGCAUGGGAGCAGCGUCUGGCGCAGAUGGGCCACUCGGGCCUCAGCCGUGCCCAGCGCAUGGAGCAGGAGCGUGAGGCAGCACGCCGCUUCGAGGAGAGGCAGCGCGCGAUGAUGGAGCAGAUGGAGCGCGAGGAGGCUGAGGAGGCUGCCAAGACGUCCGAGGCGCAGAAUGGCACCGAGGAGAAGGGCAAGGGCAAGGCGCAGCAGGAAGAGGCAGCGCAGCCUGCCUCGGCGGCGCCGAAGCCCAAUGUCGCCGACACGAACGCAAGUCUGGCAAGCGGCUUCGAGGCGAUGCUGCAGCAGAUGCGUUCGGCGCGCGCCGAGACGACGUACGCGCCAUACCGUCCGAAGCGCCAGCAGGCCGCGGCAUCGAGUGCUGCGCAGCCCGCUGCCGCCGAGGCGCAGCCCACACCUGCAGAGGCCAGCACGGCUACACCGACCGAGGCCGCUGCUCAGCCUGCGCCGGAGGAGGGCACGCCCACUGCCGGUCUCUCGCAGCAGGGCCAGCAGAUGAAUCAGCAGCUCUCGUCUGCCUUCGAGGAGAUGCUCAAGGCCGCUCGCGGUGGCUAAGCGCCGCGCUCAUCGACGCUGCUUCCGCCAUCGCCCGGUCUCUGCCAUCCCGGCCUUACGACUAGUUCCGCCUUUACGACCUGUCCCGCCUCUAUCUCGUCUCGAGCCCGCGACACCUCCAUAUCCUGUACCAUCGUUCCCGUGACAACUCAGCCAGCGUCUCGUGA